AUGAACCACACUUUUGUGACUGAAUUCAUAAUUCUGGGUCUCACUAGAAAUCCUGAAACCCAAGAAGUUCUCUUUGUUGUCUUUCUCUGCAUCUACCUUGUGGCUUUUCUUGGGAAUAUGCUGAUUGUCGUUGCCAUCAUUUAUAACACUGCCUUGCACACUCCAAUGUAUGUUCUUCUUCUGGCCCUGGCUAUUGUGGACAUUAUAUGCACAACAAGCAUUAUACCUAAGAUGCUCUGGACCAUACUCACAUCAGAGAAGACCAUUUCAUAUAAUGGCUGUAUGUCCCAGCUCUACUUCUUUACAUGGUCUCUUGGAGCUGAGAUGGUUUUGUUUACCACCAUGGCAUAUGACCGCUAUGUAGCCAUCUGCUUCCCCCUUCGCUACAGCACUAUUAUGAAUCAAUCUAUGUGUGUUGCCUUGCUCAGCAUUGUCAUGGCUAUUGCGGUAACCAAUUCAUGGGUACACACUGGUCUCAUUCUGAAACUCACCUUCUGUGGGCCCAAUGCUAUUGACCACUUCUUCUGUGAGAUACCUCCCUUGCUAGCUUUGUCCUGCAGCCCCGUGAGAGUCAACGAGGUGAUGGUGUACGUUGCUGACAUCACCCUGGCCAUAGGUGAUUUCACCCUCACCUGCAUCUCCUAUGGCUUUAUCAUUGCCGCUAUUCUCCGAAUACGCACAGCAGAAGGCAAGAAGAAAGCCUUUUCAACAUGCUCAUCUCACCUCAUCGUGGUUUCCCUUUACUAUUCCCCUGUCAUCUACACCUAUAUCCGCCCUGCUUCCAGCUACACGUUUGAGAGGGAUAAGGUGGUGGCUGUGCUCUAUACUCUUGUGACACCGACAUUAAACCCAAUUGUGUAUAGUUUUCGGAAUAAAGAAAUGCAGGCAGGGAUUAGGAAAGUGUUUGCGUCUCUGAAACAUUAG